GGCGCUACCGGACCGGUUCCUCCAAUCGUCCAUCAUUCCCCCUCCACCUUUUCCCGAGAAACAAAAAACAAAAAAAACACGAUUGUAGGUUUGCAACGAUAAUGGAGGCGCAGGAGGAGGAGGAGGAAGAGGAGGAGGAACUACUAAAAGUAGUAGWAGGAGGAAGAGCAGGAGGCGCAGGAGGAGGAGGAGGAAGAGGAGGAGGAGGCGCAGUAGGCGCAGGAGGAGGAGGAGGAGGAAGAGCAGGAGGCGCAGGAGGAGGAGGAGGAGGAGGAGGAAGAGGAGGAAGAGGAGGAGGAGGUGGAAGAGGAGGACGACAAGCAGGAGGAGCAGGAGGAGCAGAGGAGCAGGAGGAAGAGGAGGAGGAGGUGCUGACAAUAAGGAUGGGUAGCAGUAGAAGUAGCAGCAGGCAGUAGUGGUACGCGAAGGCAGAGCAGGACGAGGGGAUGACGAAGGUGGUCUCUCUUCCUCAUCCCUAUCCAGUGCGUGGACUAAUCAGCCGACCAACCAAUCACAUUGCAAGGAACGUUAACCAUUCAGUCCCUUGAAAGGCCAAAAGAAAGAGAUGAAAAAAAAAAAAAAAAAAAAAAAAAAAGAGAGGGCAUUCUGUAUAGGAACCAUUCUAUGGGCCUCGCUCCACUACUGAGCAGACGUGCAAAAUGCGAAUGAAUCCUCCGCUACAAUAUGGGAAAAUACAUCGCGGCUAUAUUUUUUGUCUUUGAAUUUCGUGCAUUUGGUGAGUAGUGGAGCUAGGCCCAAUCUCUCGAAUAACAGGGGAAUUAACAAAUAUAAGAACUGACU